AUGAUGAUGAAGACAAUGAGGAGAUAUAAUUUUGUGGAUGGAAGUGAUGCUUAUUCAGUAUUUUCUCAGUACUCUUCUCGGUUAGAAGGCUUGGAACAAGAAGAGAACGGUUUUUGGUAUGAUUUUGUGGCUAUAGUGAAUGGUACGCCCAAAGACAAUGACAAUGCAAAUAGAGCAAAUGUACAAUCAGUAAUGGAUUUUAUGAAAAGUUUGGGAGCUAAUGGUGGGAUGGAUGAGGGUGGUGACCUAUGGUGCCAGUCAAUUUGCGUGCUUCGGGAUUCCGUGAAUCGAGAAAUGUUUAUAAAGAUGGACUAUGAUGGUUCUAGGCUUUCUUAG